AUGCAAGUACUUGUCCCUACUUUCUGCUUCUCCCUGGCUCCAUCUCGUAGCUGCGGCUGCUCUCAGCCACGAGCUCUCUCGCUCGUGUCGUGGCAAUCUGAUCCGCGCCCUCGCCCCGACCCUUACCGUCGAUUGGCGAUUGUGACGGGUAGAGCGGCAUCUCACCAGCCACCAGAUCGGCCGCCUGAUCUGAUCCAAGGUGGUCGCACCACAUCGCCACCGAGCUGACGUCUUUUUUCUUGUAUCACACCCCAGGGCUCCCAAGCAAGGGCUGGUCGUAACCGUCGCGCCGUCGGCGUCGGCCUUCUUCGCCGGCGAACUGUUCGAGUGCACCAUCACCUUUGCGAACCCGGCACCACGUUCAGCAGUACCCAACACGAAUUGGGCCACUUCGACUUCCUCCCACCCUUACGCAUCCCAGGUCCAGUCCCAGUUCCAGCCCUCGGCCGCCGCGAGUAGGCUGCCCCCGGGCCGUCGUCGACCCCCCUCGGCGAGUCACCUCGGCCUCGCCGAGUACGACUCCAAGCACCUCGACUCGGACGAGAUGCCCCCUUCACCCUUUGUCGGAUCGUCGAGGGAUCCGUCCGACUCGUGGGGCCGACCACUCCCCACCGCCGGUGCACACAGUCGUUCAACCUCGGUCGCUUCGACCGCUUCGACUGUGCGUAGCCCCAGCUCGGGAACCAUAGGCGGCGCACCACCUUCUUACGCCGCCAGACCGACCCACCACAAGCGGCCGAGUUUCUCCUCGUCCAACAACAACAGUGCCCAUAACCUCUCGUUCAGUCAAGCCGCCAGCUCGAGUGCGAAUCCGAAUCUCGGCGGCUUCUCUGCACCGCCGACCCCGCCGUGGGCCGUCAACCAUCGCUCCAGUUCGGGUCUCAAUAUGAGCAACACUCUCUCACGAUCCGUUUCAAAUCCAUCGGGUGUAAUACUACCUACUCGCAAGGGGCUGAUUGGAAACGCUCCGGCCCCAAAGCAGCAGCCGCAGCCGCCACCACCUCCGACGCGCGGAAUCUACUCGAACGGACCUCGGAGACCGGCAUACGGUCCGUCGGGCUCGAGCCACGCCAGAACCGUGUCGAUGGCCGUAUCGAGUCCGAACUUGUUCGCCAUGUCGAACGGCGGCGAGCUGACACCCCAGCCUUCGCGCCAUCCGACACCCAUCAACGGCCCCUUCGAUCAUCAGCACCCCCCACCCCCACCUCACGAUCCCAACUCGUCGCUGCGGAGAAAUGAUCCCGCGUUACCACGGCCCGUGUCGCCGCUGUACGACAUUGCAGCGCAGACCAGAUACCUCCCAGGUGGGGACCCUGAGCCAAGACCCAUCUCGCCCGAACACCCUUACCUGCAGCGGAUAGCGUCGGCCGCUGCCGCAGCAGCAGUGACGACGACCGAUCGCGACUCGGACGAGGACUCGAACUACGACCCGAACGACUCGCGCUCGACCUUGCCCGGCCACGGCUUCUACGGUAUGGGGAGGAACGAGACGAUGGACAACCUUGUCAAACAGGACUUGGAAGCAGCUUAUACGCGGGAGGUGUCGGCGUCGCACACGUAUCGCCUGCCGAAUGGGAGCAACAGCUCCGUUUCACUUUCAAACAGUUCAGCCUCGACCCCUUUGAGGACCGUCGAUGGAGUCGUCGUGCCACCCCCUCCGAGAACGGGCACCGCUCAUCUGAAACGAGCCCUGUCGAGCACAGCAGCAUCCGCUACCAGGUCACCACUGGCCUCGAUCUCUUCGUCGACUCCUUUCGCGUACCCAUUCGAGACGGUCUGCUUGUUGUGGUCGUUCGCGCACCUCGAAGGUACCUUCGAAGUCGACGAAGCUUUGGUCAAACCGGGUGAAUUCACCUUGUUGAAGCAAGAGUUGACCUCGGGGCCGGGAGCGGUCGUUGGUGGGGGAACGUUGAACGAUUCGGCGCAGGGAAAGGGGGGUCGAGGAAGUGGAUGGACUUCCUGGAUCUGGGGAGGUGGCAACGAUGAUGCUUCGUCGGGUCCGGGCAACACCCAGUCCAAAAUGGUCGGUGGGGGUGGGCUCAUCAGUCAGGCUGGCCCGUUGGGUCAAGGUCCGCAGACGCUCGAGGAGAGGAAAGAGAAGAGCUUGAAGGAGAAGACGAUCCCGACUUUUUCGAGUCCGCCGAGCAUCCUGGGCGUAGAUCUCGUGCUUGAACCGGGAGAAUCCAAGAGCUGUGAGUGGGAAGGACCUAGACCUCGUGAGAACAGCCAGCGCAGCGGCUGAUCUCGAGGGUUUUGGGCGGCGGAAUAGACACUUUUUCGAUUAGAAUCCCGGCCGAUUUGCCUCCGUCCUUCCGAGGUAAAUCCAUCAAGUUCUCUUACCACCUCAUCGUGGGCACGAACCGAACUAGAAUUGGGGGGAUCAAUUCGAUGGCGGCCAAAUUGGGCGCGGCGAGGGAGGCGACCAGUCGGGUCAUCAGAGUCCCCGUUAGGAUUUACAACCAUGUUGGAGGUGAGUUUGGGGCGGUUCCACUGCGGUAUUGGGGUUAUGAAAACUGAGGUUGCUUCGUUCGACGGUGAACAAAGUGACCGGAGCUCGACCCUUUUACGACUUGACGAACCCAAUCGUCUACCACCGCGACGAAGCGACGGUUCAAGCCGUCGUUCCAGCCUCCGAGCAAACGACACCUGCAGCAUCGACCAAACCAGCGCUCGUUCGAACGCCCACGACGACCGAGACCGUCAUCGAAGCCAAGAAUCGUCAACGGCUUUCUAACGGUCGGCGCGAAUUUGAGGCCUACGCAACGACCUUGCUCGAUUCCGUACGCCUUGGUUCGCCGGAAUUGGUUUCGAACGCGAGCAUAUCGCCGACGUUGAGACCUACGCGACCGGCGGGGGAGGUCACGAUGGAAGGGUCGCCGGCUCUACGGCCCGAGCGGUUGGAUCGACAUGGGAGCUCGAGGGGGAUGACGACAGCGACAAAAGAGAAUGGGGGAAAUGGAUUGGGCGUGUCGGGCAUUGUCUCGCCACAUACCGGAGCUUUGGCGAGUGUCGGCGUGGGGGAGGACGAGGAACCGGCGGGGUGCAAGGCCGCGGUUGAAAUAGUGACAAGGAACUCUCAAAAAGGUGAAUCGCGGCUGGCUUUCGGGAGGUUGGAGUAUACGCUGAUAUCUCGUUCGUUGGUUGAACAGUCUCUUACGAUAUCAACAAGGACGGCUUCAUGGUCGCGCAACUGACGCUCGUCAAAUCGGCGUACCGACUUGGCGAGACCGUCAACGGCUCGGUCGUAAUCAACUCGAGCGAAGGCCGUGUCUUGCGCAUCUCGGCUCGCCUCGAGACCCACGAACUGAUCGAAACCUCUAUAGCGACCAAGCCGGCACCGCAAGUCCGAGCCCUGACGCGCCGGCUGCACUCGGAGCACCACCAAAUGACGCUCGACUGCGCUCGCGUCGGCUUCGCCCUCGCGAUCCCUUCGGGCGCGACGCCCGAUUUUGGCACGUCCGGGGUCAAGUUGCAGUGGUCCGUUCGCUUGUCUUUCCUCGUCGUUCCUCCGUCCCCGGAUGCGAAACCGGCAACGCAGCCCAAGGGACAUGCGAGGAGGGGUUCGACCUUUUUGGGUCGCGGAGCCCCGCCCGCGCCGCCGCCACCACCGUCGUCGGGUCUUGCGGGAGGGUCAGGUCGCUCGCAUGCUCGAUCCAAGUCGUUCGCGUAUGGCUUCGAACCGACUGUCCCUCUGACCUUACCCGCCGCACCCGCGAUCUUACCGACCGGAGCCGCGCAUCUCAUGCCCGUGCUCGGACCCAAAGACACCUCGGCCUCGCAUGUCUCGUACCGUGCCGUCCCCGACUUAGCUUUCGCGCCUGUACUGUACUCCACGAACGCACCCGAAGCUCCUCCGACGCCUGGUCCUCUGCAACGCACGGCGAGUGGCAAGACAUUGGAUUUCCGUAGUCAUCAACGCAACGCGUCGAGUUUGUCGCAUUCGAGGGGGACGCAGGUCGUCGCGGUACAACAGACGAGUGUCGUGUUGGUGCCGGCCAAGUACGAGAUGGUCGAAUGCUCGAUCCCGAUCAAAGUCUAUCCGGGGUAAGUGAAUGGGGAGGUUCAAGGGACCGGAAGAGGUUCGUGGAUUUGGUGCUGACCUUAUUUGUCUCUGCGCUUGACCGAAUCAGAAAUACCCCUUUCCGACCGACGAUUAGCAUGUUUGCGGCGUGA